AUGCUUAUUCUCAGGAUUGAAGAUUGUAGGAUUGCAUUUGUAGGGAAAUAUCUGCGGAACAUUCUGUGGAAUAUUCAACGAGUUACAAGUGACCGACACUGUGACGACGAGCGUGCCUUCGACUAUAUGUAUAAAACUUUCUCCAACGUAAUUAUCGACGAUCCGGAUCUAGUCUAUGCAGAAUUUCUCCGGCAUUCACAAUGCUACGAAACAAUGUCCUCAAACAACAAAGUUGUCGUGUUCACCGACGAUUUGUCAGUACGAAAGGCGUUCUACGGACUUCUAUAUAAUUCUACCCGUACAGGGCUGAUUGCCGAUUCUACGACUAUGCAAGUGACUGGAGUUCUAUCAAUCACUGAUUUUACAAUGGUACUAAUGAUGUUGUGGAAAUUUCGCGAAAAUAGCGAAGCGAUGAAAGGAACUUCUUUAAGUUAUAGUGAAUUGGAGGCAGUGGAUAUAUUUGAUGUGAAAAUCAGUCGGUGGAAAGGUAAUGAUGAACUUUAUCGUUUUUCGCUUAUUUACCAAUUUCAAUCUGUAUAUCGUGCUGUUGAAUUGCUUACUAAGCAUCGUAUCCAUCGAUUACCAGUGCUGGAUCGACGGACAGGAAAUUGCACGUUCAUACUGACACAUCGGAGGAUUUUGCACUAUUUAUGGAAACACGCAACCCACGAUAUGACACUGAUGCAAGUCUUAGAUAUGAUUAUAGAUAAUGGUAUUAGCGGCGUUCCUAUUGUUGAGGCAUCAACAAUGAAAGUAGUUGACGUCUACACACGAUUCGAUGCAGUCGCAGCGGCGUUCUCAACAACAAUCGACAUGUCUGUGUCGAUGUCGGAAGCAAUUCGCCAGCGACAGAAGGUUUAUGGAGACCGUGACGGAGUCAUUACAGCUCCAGAGGACGUGAGGAUGUUGGACCUAGUGGAGACGUUCGUUGAGAAAAACGUGCAUCGUAUUUUCCUCGUUGACAAUUGCUUACGAUUAAAGGUGAGAUUGUAA